UGGAAAUCACCGAUGUUGAAUCAAAAGAGAAUAGUGAAUAUUUAUUGGUCGAGUUGGUUGACAAAGAACAAGGUGUAGAUUAUGUUAGAAAUCUAGAUAAAAGGAAAUAUAAUGAACCAAUAGUUAAUGAAAAGCUUAAUAAAAGAGAAAAGUCCAGAAAAAUAUUAGAAGUAAAACCAGAAGAAUCACUAUCAUUAUCUACUCAAAAGGGUAAUGAUAAGAGGCAAUUCUUAGAAAACAAUGAACAAACUUCUCAAGAGGAAAAAGAAUUAGAAUCUAAGAACAAUUGGGAGAGAUCGUGUUGUCAAAACUUGAAUAAAAGUAAAGAUCAAUUAAAGAAUCAAAAUGAACAAGUUGAAUCAUAUGAUCGAAUAUCACCAAAAUAUGAUGAUCAGUUAAAAUUGUCUGAUCCAGUG